AUGCACAAUAAUCAUGACAGCGUUGGCUCUCUCAGUGCAGAGGAUCAAUUAAUUUCCCUACGAGAGCAGAUUAAUGAAAUCAAAGAGCACAUCGACUUGCUCAUGAGGCAAAGCGCUAUCAUACGGGAACGAAGGUCCCUCCUUCAGCAUCAACAAGAUAUCACGCCGCUUGCGAUAACGGAGCAACUGGAUUUUACGUCCCUGGAGACCAGCUCUGUCAAUAUCCUUGACAUAAAGAAUACUCAGGAUUCCACUGUCUCAGGUCCAUCUUCGGCGUUGAAGGGCGCAGCUGACUUCCCAGCAUCUCGCCCCCGAUCAGAAUCAAUAGUGACUAUCCCUUCUGAUAACACCGUUGUCGUUCAACCACCCACACAAUCUAAAGGCAGCACGUCCAAGCCGCGCGCUAUACCUCGCAGGGAUGGGCAGACGCCUCUAGUAACAUAUUCUGAAGACCCCGGUUGGUUUGAUCUGAAUGAUUAA